AUGUUGUUGUUGCGUCUUUGUUCACGAUUACCGAGUUUCCACUGUGUCCGAUUUCUAAAUAAUACAACUGAAAUCUCCAAAAGAAUUGAUCGUUUCAAUGGAAUUCAUUUGAAUAUUAUUUCCUACGAGAAUAAUGACUCCAAUAAUAUCAUUCAAUAUAUCAGUGAUAUAAUCAAAGAUCCUGUGGGUUUUAAAGCGAUAUGGGUAACUUUGAAAUCAGAACACUGUGAACUUGUGCCUACUCUGUGUAAACCAUGCCCACUUGGUUUGGGUUUAAAAUUUCACCAUGCUUGUGAUUCAGAAGCUACUCUAGUUCGUUGGUUGGGUGAAGGUGAAAGUCGGCUGCCUAAUUAUGCUUCACAUCAAGUAGGAGUAGCUGGUGUAUUAACCAAUUCAGAUAAUUCUGAAGUUUUAAUGGUUCGUGAAAAAGGUGGUUCUUUAUUCACUGGUUGGAAAUUUCCUACUGGCCUGUUGAAUCCAGGCGAGAAUAUUGCUGAAGCAGCAAUGAGAGAAGUUUAUGAAGAAUGUGGAAUUCAUACAAAUUUUAGUGGAGUUAUCUCUUUCAGGCAACAACAUGAUUUUCCUGGUUCAUUUGGUAUAUCAGAUUUAUUGUUUACUUGUCGACUUCAACUGCCCAGUGGUGUAUCAGUACCUACAAUCAAAAGUUGCUCUUAUGAAAUUGCUGACUGUAAAUGGAUGAAUAUAUCUCAGUUAUUAUUAUCUGCUCAUGUACAUACAGUUGUAUCAUUGAAUGAAUCAAAAACCUUCAAUCAUGAUCACGAGAUACAUAUCACUACAUUUACACAUAAAAUUAUUCAACUCAUCCACAAUCAUUCAACAGUGCUGUCCAAUGACGAAUUAACCCCGCACAGAGAAUCUUCUGUUAUUAAAGGCAAAGUUUACGAUUUAUUUCUUCCGCGUUAUUUCAGUGCUAAGUGA